AUGUCUGCCAGAAAGUUGAAGGUUGGUUGCGCCGGUCUGGGCCGUAUGGGCAAGCGCCAUGCUCUGAACUUCUUGCAGCGUACUCCCCGUGCAGAGCUUGUUGCCGCCAGCUCCCCGGAUGACACUGAGCUGGAGUGGGCAAAGGUGCACCUUGCACCUUAUGGAGUGACUCUAUACAAGAACUACGAUGACAUGCUGAAGCACGAAGGGCUGGAAGCCGUUGUGGUUGCGUCUGCUACAGCUGUGCAUGCCGAACAGGCCAUCAAGGCCAUUGAGGCUGGCAAGAAUACUCUUUGCGAGAAGCCCUUGUCGACCAGCGUUGAAAUUUCUCAAACAGUCCUCGAUGCAGCUUCCAAGAAGCCCGAACUGAAGGUGAUGUGUGGCUUUUCCCGCCGCUUCGAUGCCUCAUACCGCGAUGCAUACAAUAAGACGUCUAGUGGUGGGAUUGGUGCCCCCUCCGUCAUGCGCAGUCAGACUUGUGACAAGUUGGACCCGACCGGAUUCUUUGUUGCUUAUGCCGAGUUCUCUGGGGGGAUAUUCGUGGACUGCUCCAUCCAUGAUAUCGAUCUGGCCCUGUGGUUCUUUGGUCAAGACAGCAAGGUCAAGUCCGUGUCCGCGGUGGGUAUCACGGCUGUGGAGCCAGACUUGCGCAAGCACAACGACCGGGACAACGCUGUUGGUCUGGUUGAAUUCUACAGCGGCCAGAUUGCCUACUUCUACGCCUCGCGCAUGAUGGCUGCCGGCCAGGAAGAUACCACCGAGAUUAUCGGCACGAAGGGAAAGCUGGCGGUGAACACUCAGCCCGCUCUGAACCUGGUCAAUAUCUUCGACGAGAACGGUGUCCGUCGCGAGAUCCCGCAGCAUUACUAUGACCGCUUCGAGUACGCAUUUGUCACCGAAGCCAACGAGUUCACUGCCUGUUGUCUGGAGAACACACCCGUUCCUUUGAAACUUGAGGGUGCGGUCCAAGCCGUCCGAAUCGGCAGUGCCCUUCAAGAAUCCAUGAUCACUGGCGAGAAGAUCUUCUUUGACGAGGCCGGUGUGCGGAUCCCCAAGGCAAGGCUGUAG